UAUAUAUAUAUAUAUAUAUAUAUGUAUAUAUAUAUAUAUAAAAUACAUAUUUAUAUAUAUAAAUCAGUAUUUUCAUCAUCUUUCACAUGUUGAAAAGUAAUAUAGAGUUUUUAUCGUUAAAGCAAGUCCUCGUUAUAAGUGUACGAUCCCGUAUGAGUAUAGCAUCGUAAUGCGUUAUCUUAAAUAUACCUUAAAAUAUGAUCCUCUAUAACAAAUCGACCCCGGUGAAGAUGGGAGUGGCAAGACACACCCUAGUCAGGCUAUAUAAUAUCCUAUCGAACAUCCCAGAACGUAAAAGUCCGGUAACAACCCUUCAGUCACGAUAAAAUACAUCUCAGAGGUAACUCCGUUUGAUUUUUCUAAACGAAGUACUUCACUCGUUCUUUUUUUGUUGUUAUUUUUCUUCGAAAUCAUUAACAAGAGAAAAAAGGAAAAGGAAAGAAUUCAAGAAGCGAACGAUGGGAAAUAAAGUAGCUACAUUCUCCGAGGAACAAUUGGAAGAUUAUCAAGAUUGUACAUUUUUCACGCGUAAAGAAAUUUUAAGGAUAUUCAAACGUUUUCGAGAAAUGGGUGAUCCAGGAAUGGUUCCACGUACGAUGACGUCACAGGAAGCAUCAACUCUACGCUUACCGCUGUCAUGUCUGGCACGUAUUCCAGAACUCAAGGAAAAUCCAUUUAGAGAACGAAUUUCAGAAGUGUUCACAAAAAGCAACAGAAGACAACAAUCAGAAAAUACCGAAGGUAUUUGUUUCGAAGAUUUCCUCGAGAUGAUGUCUGUCUUCUCAGAGCAGGCACCGCGGGAUCUGAAGGUCUUUUACGCCUUUAAGAUUUACGACUUCGACGAGGAUGGAGUUUUAAGUGUCGGUGAUUUGGAACGCACCUGUCGGCAGCUGAUCCAAGGUGGUCUAACUAGCGAGGAAGUAUACACCGUGUGUCAAAAAGUUUUAGAAGAAAGUGACAUUGACGGUGAUGGAGCUCUUUCAUAUCUCGAUUUUGAACACGUUGUGACUAGAGCACCAGAUUUUAUCUCGACAUUUCAUAUAAGGAUAUAAAUCUCAUCUCGUUUGAUCAAGAGAAGGAAAAAACGAAAUAAAAGUAUCACAAAGUUAAAGAACUUACUCAAUAGCAACUAAAUACACGGAUUAAAUUGCGUUUAACGAGCAGCAGGAAUAAAGACGCGUUCGUUUACAAUUAAUGGCGGCGAAAAAGCGUCAUGGAAAAACAUCGGCCAGUGAACGUUAUUUCGCAAAACUCAUGGGAUAAUUAUUACCUUGGUAAGAGUCCGUACCGAAGAGUUACUACUAUAUACCCUGUUACACGUUACAGGCAUACUUUCUUGCACGGGUUCUGCGAGUCGCCCCUGUUGAGCAACAACGAGCAAUGCCGGGGAUAAGUAAGCAGGCCAUUCAUUCUUCCUUUAUACGAGAGUAUCGGAGACCGUAGGAAAUCUUACAUAGGAUUUUAUGAUUUUAAGAAAGUCAUAAGAUACCAGGAGGUCCUUGAGAUUGACAAUAUUUUUAUUUAAUAAUCAAAUACAAAAAAUAUCAAUGAUGACUAUCACAUUAAAACAUAUAAAGGACACCUCUUAAAGAGUUAAUCAAUUAUAUUUCAUAGAUUAUAAUAAAAAAAAUAGAUACAACAAA